GAGGUCAGGGGUGGGAAGAUUUUAAGUGACGGACGUUUCCUGUACAGCAUGAAGAAGGAGCAGGUUGUUAACUGUCAGUUUUCGGCUUGGUACCCGAUUUUCAAAAAACAUACGAUAAAAAGUUUAAUUCUUCCAUUGCCUCAGAAUGUAAUCGACUAUUUACUGGACGAUGGGACGCUGGUGGUUUCUGGGAGUGAUCAGAACACGCAGCCGAGGCACACGGACAACAGCGACUCAGAGGACCAGGAGGACGUGCAGUGGUCAGAUGAUGAAACGACAACAACAGUGACAGCUCCAGAGUUCCCAGAAUUCACCUCCAAAGUGCUGGAGGCCAUAAACUCUCUGGGCGGACGCGUCUUCCCCAAACUCAACUGGAGCGCUCCGCGGGACGCCAACUGGAUCGCCCUGAACAGCUCGCUGCAGUGCUGCAGCCUCGCCGACAUUUUCCUGCUCUUCAAAAGCUCCGACUUCAUCACCCACGACCUCACGCAGCCGUUCCUUCAGUGCAGCGACCAGGACUCCCCUGAUCCAGUCAUCAAAUAUGAGCUGGUGUUGAGGAAGUGGAGCGAGCUGAUUCCUGGAGGAGAGUUUCGCUGCUUCGUCAAGGAGAACAAGCUCAUCGCCAUUUCCCAGAGAGACUACACCCAGUAUUACCCUCACAUCCUGACCCAGGAGGAGCAGGUCUCUCAGGCCAUACAGGACUUCUUCAGCCAGAACGUCCAGUACAACUUCCUGGAUGAAGACUUUGUGUUUGACGUUUACAGGGACAGCCAGGGGAAGGUGUGGCUCAUUGACCUCAACCCUUUUGGAGAGGUGACGGACUCUCUGCUCUUCACCUGGGACGAGCUGACGUCAGGCGGAGAAGUGGCCCAACAGCAGCAGGAAGGGCCGACGUUCCGCUUCACGACCAGCGAGGUGACGGUGCAGCCCAGUCCUUGUCUGAGCUACAGGAUCCCACGAGACUUUGUCGACCUUUCCGCCGGAGAAGACGCCUACAAACUCAUUGAUUUUCUCAAACUGAGGAAAAACCAACAGGAGGAUUCAGAAGAGGAGGAAGAGGAGGGGAAUGCUCCACCGUGACUUCAGCACACAGUGCUGCAUGCGUGAAGGGCCUCCACCUUCGUCCUUUCUUUAUGUUUUGACCGCCCUCCUCUGAACUGGUGCUCUGAUUCAUUCCCGUGGCUCCAGAUGAACAUGCAACACUGUAGAAUCAUGUUUACCCCCCCCCCCCCAUGUCAUUUCCUGUCUGUGACACUGCAACAGAGGUCUCUGCAGAGUUGAUUUUUUUUUUUCCCACUGAAAUGUUUUCCUUCGUCUGCAAUAAAAUCCCACCUUGUCUUAUUUGUCUUCUUCUUUUACUCCUUUAAUCAACUCUUACAUCUUUUAUUGCUAAUAAACCUAUAUUUUAUCUUUGACACGC